AGUGAAUGGAAGUUCCAAAGAGUGGUGCGAUCACUGGUAUAUCACUCGAUGGCAACCCUUUCAAUGCCAUCAAUGCACUGAUCUAUUGAUCACACAUUUGGGUCCAAGUGUACAAUCAGUGCAACACUUGUCACACAGUAUUUGAUCCGUAGAUCACUUCACCACACAUUUACAGAUAAGCAUUGAAAAUGCAUUUCUUAAGCAAAUUAGCCAUCAAUUCAGGCAUUUAUCCUCGAGUACAACACAUGCGAUACUUGUCGUCAAAUGUGAGGACAACAAAACUCUUCAUAAAUGGAAAGUUUGUGGACUCGAAGACCAACGACUGGAUUGAACUUAAAAAUCCUGCAACCAAUGAAGUGGUGACAAGAGUUCCAAAGAGUACCGACGCCGAGAUGGAAGCGGCGGUCAAUGCGGCCGAUAAUGCCUUCAAGACGUGGUCCAAGACAUCNUCUUGUCACCACUUCAUUGGUUGCCUAAACACAAGCCAUCACUUAAUCAGAUCCAAGAGAUAA